AGCUAAAAACCUCCGCUUUCAAAUCGCCAAUCAAAUUCUUCCUUGGCUUCGAGUCUCUCAGCCGGCCGCGCUCUCCGACGCCCAGCCCUCCCGGAACCACCUCGCCUGUGACGUAGGUGGCGCGCGCACUGCUCCCGGGCCCGUCUUUCUCAACUGGGACCGGAAAACAUUGUCGCUCAUCCUAUGACGCGAGAGUAACCAAGACUAUCAGGAUCCGGAGACGGAAAGGGCUGAAGGCCGCAGUACUUGACCCUGUAUUUUGGGAGUCGAACGGAGAAUGGAAACUGAAAGUGGAAAUCAGGAAAAGGUAAUGGAAGAAGAAAGCAUUGAAAAGAAAAAAGAAGUUGAAAAAAAGAAACGGUCACGAGUUAAACAGGUGCUUGCAGAUAUUGCUAAGCAAGUGGACUUCUGGUUUGGGGAUGCAAAUCUUCACAAGGAUAGAUUUCUUCGAGAACAGAUAGAAAAAUCUAGAGAUGGAUAUGUUGAUAUAUCACUACUUGUGUCUUUUAACAAAAUGAAAAAAUUGACUACUGAUGGGAAGUUAAUUGCCAGAGCAUUGAGAAGUUCAGCUGUUGUAGAGCUUGAUUUGGAAGGCACCAGAAUCCGGAGGAAAAAGCCUCUGGGGGAAAGACCAAAGGAUGAGGAUGAACGCACAGUGUAUGUGGAGUUACUUCCCAAAAAUGUUAAUCACAGCUGGAUUGAAAGAGUCUUUGGGAAAUGUGGCAAUGUUGUUUAUAUAAGUAUACCACAUUAUAAGUCUACUGGAGAUCCAAAGGGAUUUGCAUUUGUGGAAUUUGAAACAAAAGAACAAGCAGCAAAAGCAAUUGAGUUUCUUAACAACCCACCAGAAGAAGCACCAAGAAAACCUGGCAUAUUUCCUAAAACAGUGAAAAAUAAGCCCAUUCCAGCCUUAAGAGUUGUGGAAGAGAAGAAAAAGAAAAAGAAGAAGAAAGGCCGAAUGAAAAAGGAAGACAACGUCCAAGCCAAAGAAGAAAACAUGGACACAAGCAACACCAGCGUCAGUAAAAUGAAAAGAUCCAGACCCACAUCUGAGGGCUCUGACAUUGAGUCUGCUGAACCCCAAAAGCAGUCCUCAAAGAAAAAGAAAAAACGGGACAGAGUUGAAGCAUCUAGCUUACCUGAAGUCAGAUCAGGGAAGAGGAAGAGAAGCAGCUCUGAAGAUGCAGAAUCCCUAGCUCCCCGAUCAAAAGUAAAGAAAAUUAUUCAGAAAGACAUCAUUAAGGAAGCUUCAGAAGCUUCCAAGGAAAAUAGAGAUAUAGAAAUCUCUACUGAAGAGGAAAAGGAUACUGGAGAUCUAAAAGAUAGCUCUCUCUUGAAAACAAAAAGGAAACAUAAGAAAAAACAUAAAGAGAGACAUAAAAUGGGGGAAGAAGUUAUACCAUUAAGAGUACUAUCAAAGAGCGAAUGGAUGGAUUUGAAAAAAGAGUAUUUAGCGCUACAAAAAGCUAGUAUGGCUUCUUUAAAAAAAACAAUAUCCCAAAUAAAAUCAGAGUCAGAAAUGGAAACAGACAGUGGAGUACCUCAAAACACUGGAAUGAAAAAUGAAAAAACCAACAGGGAAGACUGUCGCACCCAGGAGAAAGUUAAUGCAACAGGACCACAGUUCCUGAGUGGAGUGAUUGUGAAGAUCAUUAGCACAGAGCCUCUACCUGGCAGGAAACAAGUCCGGGAUACUUUGGCAGCAAUCUCAGAAGUUCUUUAUGUCGAUUUGCUAGAAGGGGAUACAGAAUGCCAUGCUAGAUUUAAAACUCCUGAAGAUGCUCAAGCAGUAAUAAAUGCAUAUACAGAAAUUAGCAAGAAACACUGCUGGAAACUCGAGAUCCUUUCUGGUGAUCACGAACAAAGGUAUUGGCAGAAGAUUUUGGUUGAUAGACAGGCAAAACUUAAUCAGCCUCGGGAAAAGAAAAGAGGCACUGAAAAGUUAAUCACCAAAGCUGAAAAGAUUAGACUGGCAAAGACUCAACAAGCGAGUAAACACAUAAGAUUUUCUGAAUAUGAUUGAAAAAAAAAAAAAACAGUUCACCUCUUAAUACUUCACAAGAUACUUGAGCUGUUCUUGGGAUAUUCACUUUUAUUAUGGUAGCACUGCAUAAUUAAUGUGUUUUUAAUUAAAAGAAAUAUCUUUGUUCCUCAACUUGUAAAUAAGACUUUUUUCUAGAGACAAAUACGAUGUAUACCACAAUUUUUUCUUAAAUAUUUUAUUUGUUGAAAUUAGAUGUCAAUGUCAGGUGAUUUAGUAAAUAAAUGUGUUUUGAACAUUA